UCAUCCUUCUUCAGUCUGUGAGUCUGACUGACCUUCACCACAACGCCACUCGCUAACCUCAACAUUCAAUACAACAAUGGCCGGGACAAAACCUCCCAACCCUAAUUCCGCCACCGCCGUCGUCCUCGUCAUCAUUUUCCUCUGCGCCGCUGCCGCCGCCGCCAACAAUUCAGACAAGCGAGCACUCCUGGUGUUCAAGUCCGCCGCAGAUCCGAACGGCACGGUCCUCGCCUCCUGGAACUCCUCCUCCGACCCCUGCUCCGGGUCGUGGGUCGGAGUCUCCUGUACCCGCAACCGGGUCACCCGCCUCGUCCUCGAGAAGCUCCAUCUCCACGGCGGAUUCCCUCCGCCCCUCACCCACCUCCGCCUCCUCAGCCUCAAAGAAAACGGCCUCGCCGGAGAAAUUCCAGAUCUCUCCAACCUCACCAGUCUCCGCCUCCUCUUCAUCUCCCACAACCGUUUCUCCGGCGACUUUCCGGCCUCCAUAGCCGCAUUGUCGAAGCUCUACCGCCUCGACAUUUCGCACAAUAACUUCACCGGAAACAUACCGCCGGCAAUCAACCGAUUGACGCGCCUCCUGACACUCAGGCUCGAGGAGAACAUGUUCACCGGAACUAUACCGGACUUGAACUUAACCAGCUUACAGGAUUUCAACGUCUCCGGGAAUGCCCUGACGGGGGAGAUACCCGGCGCUCUAUCCGGGUUCAAUACGUCGUCGUUUCGGGGAAACCGGUUCUUAUGCGGACCGCCGCUCGAGAAAUGCAAGCCGGUUUCCAGCGACCCGGUCCGGUCCGGGGGUGCACCGGCGUCGCCGCUAAUCCCGAAGACGACCGUCACGUCGUCCCCUUCCUCAAUUCCGGCGGGGACGAAGACGCCGGAAAAAUCCGGCGCCGCUCACCGCGGUAAAAUCGGAUCGAUGGCAAUUGUCGGAAUUAUAAUCGGCGAUGUUCUGGUUCUGGGGAUCGUUUCGUUGCUUCUGUACUGUUACAUCUGGAGAAGCUAUUCGAACAAAGUAAUGUCCGGUAAGAGCAGCAGCUCCAGCGCUGCAGAGAAGAUUGUUUACUCGUCAAGCCCGUACCCGAACCCGACCCAGUACGAGAAGGGUAAGAUGGUGUUUUUCGACGGCGACAAGAGAUUCGAGCUGGAGGAUUUGCUAAGAGCGUCGGCGGAGAUGCUCGGCCGCGGCGGAAUGGGGACUUCUUACAAAGCAAUCUUGGACGACGGCAGCGUCGUCGCCGUCAAGAGAUUAAAGGAUUUAACAGUAACUGGUAAGAAAGAUUUCGAGCAGCAAAUGGAGGUUCUCGGUCGGCUCAAACACCCCAAUUUGGUGACUCUAACAGCUUACUAUUUCGCCCGCGACGAGAAGCUUCUGGUCUACGAUUACAUCCCCAAUGGCACCCUGUUUUGGCUCCUACACGGCAACCGAGGCCCGGGAAGAACUCCAUUAGACUGGACAACGAGGUUAAAGAUUGCGGCGGGAGCCGCCCGGGGAAUAGCCUUCAUCCACAACUCCUGUAAAUCGCUCCGGCUAAUCCACGGCAACCUUAAAUCGACAAACAUCCUCAUCGACGGUGCCGGGAAUGCCAGAGUGUCCGAUUUCGGCCUCUCUGUUUUCCAAUCCCCUGUCCAAAAAUCCAACGGCUACCGUGCCCCAGAGGCCGAAUUGGACGGUCGGAAGCUAACCCAAAAAUCAGAUGUCUACUCCUUCGGGGUCCUCCUGUUAGAACUCCUGACCGGAAAAUGUCCCCUAAUGGUCGACAUGACCAGCCCCGGAUCGGGCAGCGGCGUAGCUGAUCUGCCGAGGUGGGUGCAGUCCGUUGUAAGAGAAGAGUGGACGGCUGAGGUGUUCGAUUUGGAGCUAAUGAGGUAUAAGGAUAUCGAGGAGGAGAUGGUCGGGUUGCUGCAGAUAGGAAUGGCUUGCGCGCAGACGUCGCAGCACGAGAGGCCGAGCAUGAACUAUGUUGUAAGAAUGAUCGAGGAGCUUCGCGGGGCGGAGGCUUCACCAGCCUACGAACGUGUUGACUCAGUUUCGGCAUCUCCCGGCGCGUCGGAAGAUAAAUCCAAAGCCAGCGAGUGAUCAAAAGUGAUUAGUUAGGUAAAAGUCCAUAAAUUUUUGGCAAAAUUGUCUGUAACUCGUGGUUUCGAAAUUCAGCUUAAAUUUUUAUUUUCCUUUAAAAUUUGCGUGGCAUCUCUUAUACUUUAAAAAAUAUUGCAUAAAAUCCGUUUAUGAUUUCAAAACUUAGUAUAAAUUUCUACUUUUACUUUAAAAAUUGCAUAUUAUCCCGUUAUACUUUAAAAAUAUUGCAUAAAACCCCUACAAUACAAAAUAUAUAGACAGGAAAUCAUUUCCUCGUAACACAAGGGAAGUCUUGUAGUAGUGGGGUUUUAUGCAGAGUUUUUAAAAGUAUAAGAGAAUAUUAUACAAUUUUUAAAGUACAAAGAGAUUUUAGACUGAAUUUCGAAACCACGUAGGAGUUAUGAACAAUUUCACCUGAAUUUUUUCAUGCAAUCUUUUUUUUUUUUCUUUUUGGUUUUUAGCCUGAAUUGCUCUCUGUUUUUUCAAUACAUUAAUAUGAAUAGCAUCAAGUUGUUUGGAUCUUGUGCUAUGUUAUUACAUCAAACGUGUAGUAAGGUCUAAAACCAGUAGGGAUUUCUACCACAACGAAUUUUUUC